AACGUCUCGGUCGAAGGCGACGCGACGUACUGCAUCAAGGGCCCCGUUUGCAGCGGAUCUGGGGGCGCGCCUGCUGGAGCCUCGUGCCCUCUGAAGGGUGACGUCGCGGUACAGGACUGCAUCGAAACACUUCCGAGCUGGACGGGUGCAAGCUCCACUUGUGUUGCCCCAGUGGACGCCACUUGUGCGCGUAUCAAGGCUGGCGCGUGGGGCUGCGUC